AUGUCACUCAAGAACAUUGCGCUGUUCGGCGCCAACGGCCAGAUUGGCAACUCAAUCCUCAAAGCCCUAGUGGACUGCAAAUCGCAAGACUUCAACAUACUAGCCAUCAUAGCUCCGGACUCACCUUCACCCUCCGAAGCCUCUCACGACAAUGUCACAAUCAAAGAAAUGGAUCUCAUGCACACAUCACGCCAACAAAUGGCUCAGACACUACAAGGCAUUGAUGCCGUCGUCAGUGCCUUGAACGGCCCAGUCCUAGACGCUCAAAUCGACAUCCAAGACGGAGCAGCAGAUGCAGGAGUCAAACGCUUUAUUCCCUCCGAGUAUGGUAUGCACCACAUCUACCGCAAACCCAACGACCCACAGGGCUAUAUCCAUCCACUCUGGGACGCCAAAGCCAGGCUCAAUGAACGCGCUAUCCAGCACCCAGCCAUCAAAGACGGCAGAAUGUCUUAUACCAUGAUCGGCUGCGGAGACUUUUACAAUCAAGAUCGAGAAUCUGUUUGGUGUGCUUGGACCCAACAGGAUGUAGAAGAAUACACCUUGCACGUAAUCGGGGACCCCAAUGCCAAAGCCGACUACACCCACAUCUCUGACUUUGGGCACUACGUAGCCGCUUGCCUGUACUCCCCUUCCAUCUCUGCAAACGCGCAUCUAAACUUUCCUUCCGACCACAUCUCGCACUCCGAAAUCGCAUCCCUGCUCGAAAAAUAUUCUGGCAANAAAGUCAACAUGGAUAUCAUGAGUGAAGACCAAAUGCACAAAGUACUCGCAAAUCCAGAAGCAGCGCCAAAAGAACUCCAAAACAAAAGUUCUUUCCCUGUGGAUUUUUGGUUUUUGGUCAAGGGGAUGCAGGGGAGUGGCAGGUUUUGGCGUCCUGAGGGUAUGAAUCAUAAUCAUUUGUUCCCUAAGGUCAAAACUACGGUAUGGUUGAUCAUCUAG